CGAAGAAGAAAAGUGCGGAUUUGCAAUCCAUCUUUGCGUCGUUCUCGUAGCGUUUGUCAUCAUUUGUGUCCUCAACCGCGUAAUUCGUCGAGCCGAACGGUGUUAAACCCUGCCAAACUACACUCGGAGCGGUGACCCAUUAAGUGGCUGCCAAUUUUCCUAAAGUUUACUCUAAGUGCACUAGCAAGAAAUCUUAAAAUGGGAAAUGAAACAUCGCUGCCGAUGGAGCUCUGCUCGAACUUUGAUGCGGACGAGAUCCGCCGGUUGGGCAAACGUUUCAAGAAGCUCGAUCUCGACAAUUCCGGUGCGCUGAGCAUCGACGAGUUCAUGUCCCUGCCGGAGCUGCAGCAGAAUCCGUUGGUGCAGCGCGUGAUCGACAUCUUCGAUGCGGAUGGCAACGGGGAGGUCGAUUUCAAGGAGUUUAUCCAGGGUGUGUCGCAGUUCAGCGUGAAGGGCGACAAACUGUCGAAGCUCAAGUUUGCCUUCCGAAUAUACGACAUGGACAAUGAUGGAUACAUCUCGAACGGGGAGCUGUUUCAGGUGCUGAAAAUGAUGGUCGGAAACAACCUUAAGGACACCCAGCUACAGCAGAUCGUGGACAAGACGAUCGUGUUCGCCGACAAGGAUGAGGAUGGCAAGAUUUCAUUCGACGAGUUCUGCUCGGUCGUGGGUAACACCGAUAUUCACAAAAAGAUGGUCGUAGACGUUUAAACGGGAGUGUCCCGUUGAAGCUGCCAUCUACACCAGCGACCCCCGGGCAGAUUUAACUUGGUCGCCGUUGAUCCCCAACCGGAUCAGGACGACAAACUACUCUAACGCCUCUCGAAACUUUCCUGCUGGAAAGUUUUGCGUCCUCUUCACGUGAGAAAGCUGUCGUGUUUUUACUGUUGCUAAUGCCUAAUGCAUCCCACCACCCCCAACCCUCUAGUCGAUCGUCGUCGUCUCGCGAAACGGACGACCGAAGUUGUGCGCGGGCGGGUUUUGCUAAAGGGUAUUUUCUACACCUCUUACCACCUUUCCAUCCACAAACACACAUCUCAACUAUACCCAUAGCGCGGAAGCCGUGAUUAAGCCGAGACCCGAUAAGGUGUUCCCAUGCGCUGCCGGGUGCACCAAGUGCAGUGAAUUUCUGAGUGUGUGUGUUUUUUUUAACUUGUGUCCUUUUCCUACGAUUAUGUGUUGUU